ACCAUGGCUCUUAACAGUAGUGCCAACAGCAACAGUAAAUCUGAGAAGCCAGUGUCUCUAAUCUGGGGAUGUGAACUAAACCAUGAGAAACAAACCUAUACAUUCAAGAUCCCAGAUGAGUGGAAGUAUGAGCAGCAGCUGGCCCUGCGAACAAUCUGCCUAGGAGAAAAAGCCAAAGAUGAGUUCAAUGUUGUGGAGAUUGUACCCUCCGAAGACAGCCAGGAUACCACGCCUGUGCCCCUAGCAACUCUGAAACCUUCAGUACUGCCAAUGGCCACCAUGGUAGGGGUUGAGCUGACUCCUCCUGUCACCUUCAGGUUGAGAGCUGGCUCUGGCCCAGUCUACAUCACUGGACAACAUGUUACAUUGGUACCGGAUCUCUCCUGGGAUGAGGAGGAGGAGGAGGAAGAAGAGGAGGUGGCUGAGGAAGAAGAAUCUCAGGAGGAUUCUCCCCCCAAAGCCAUCAAGCAUCCAGCUUCCAACAAGCGGGGUAGCAUUGCCAAGAAGAAGAAGAUGGAGAAAGAGGAAGAGAACAGUGUUCCUUCUGAUGAUGAUGUCAUUCCCAGCAAGGGAAAAGGAGCUGGCAGAGGGAGAAAGCCAGCAGUGAAGAAAUAG